CCUGCACUCCACCCAGAGGUCUGCGAGCAGCACACUCCACUGGCAGCAUGGCGAGCAAGCAGGUGGUAGUAGCCCUGGUGGCGACGUGGCUAGCGCGCUGCGUGUGGAGCCAGCAGGUGCCCUUCAACGGGCUGCAGCUGUCCAUAUCUGGGCCCGGCUUCAGCCACGUCCAGUCCGUACCCGCGCCGGCGGCCGCCACUGCAGCCAACCCCACGCUCAGCAGCCUCUUCGCCGCGCAGAGGACGUAUGCGCAGCCAAACGCAGCGCUGAACAACUUGCUGGCGGCGCAGUCGGGCCUGACGCAGCCGGGCGCCUACCUGUCAUCAUACACUGGACUGCCUCAGCAGCCGCAGCCAGCUGCUGCCUACAGCGGACUUCCGGGACAGAUCGGAGCGUACUCCGGCCUGACCCCGCAGCAGCUGUCGCCCUAUGCGGCCUUCCAGGCGCAGCACGCAGCCGCCCUGGGCGGACUCCAACCACAGCAGCUGCAGCCACAGGCCGCCGUGUACAACCCUCUGCAGGCGCAGCUGCAAGCACAGCAGAUCGGACAGCAGCAGCAGCUGCAGCAGCUGCAGCCUCAGCAGCCGCAGGUGACGCCACAGCAGGCGGACGCCUAUACCCAGCAGCUUGUCGCAUUCCAGCAGGCGCACCUGCAACUCCUGCAGCAACAGCAGCAGCAACAACAACAACAGCAACAACAACAGCAGCUGCAGACGCAACAGGUGCAGCAGCCGAUCGUUCGCGCACAGCCAGCUGCAGAACAGCAGCAGCAACAACAACAACAGCAGCAAGUGGCGGUGGCCCCAGCUGGAACAGCUGCCUCAGCACAGCAGGUGCAACAGCCGUCUGCGCUAGGUGUCAAGUUCUCCGCUGCCGACACUGUCUCUAAGAUCAGGUUCAGCGGAAAUGGGUUCAACUUCACUUACUGAAGGAGUAGGGAACAGUGUGGGUGUAAGACAGUCCAGACUAGUCUUGUGUCAGGAGCAUAGAGGUUCAAGUGUGUGAUGUGACUGAAAGAAUGUUGACAGAGAAACAAUUGUUAUUGUGCUCAUUAUGUGCUGCGUGUGAUAUUCAAUCGAUCAGUCUUUCAACAAGUAUUACCUGUUGUAAUGUUAAAGGUCUUCAGUGAAAACCAGUAAGAAAAUCAGUAAAAAUACUUCUUUCGUUUGUACCAUUACAAUUGUACAGAAAGACAGUCUCCACCCAUAUACUAUGUUAUCUUCACAGCAAGAGUUACCGAAAAGAAUGCACUCAAAAUGAAAAUUGUGAUUUCUGUGGGCCAAACACUGUUUACAGAGAUCCCUUCUUUGCUCAUAAUUUUUGUAUUUUCUCUUAGCUUCUUCGUUUCACAGAUUUCUCCAACUUUCUCAAGUGUACACUAAUAUUUCCCGGGCAAUGGCCUUGCCGCAGUGGACACACCGGUUCCCGUCAGAUCACCGAAGUUAAGCGCUGUCGGGCGUCGCCGUCACUUUGAUGGGUGACCAUCCGGGCCGCCAUGCGCUGUUGCCAUUUUCCGGGGUGCACUCAGCCUCGUGAUGCCAAUUGAGGAGCUACUCGACCGAAUAGUAGCGGCUCCGGUCAAAGAAAGCCAUCAUCACGACCGGGAGAGCAGUGUGCUGACCACACGCACCUCCUAUACGCAUCCUCAACUGAGGAUGACACGGCGGUCGGAUGGUGCCGAUGGGCGACUUGUGGCCUGAAGACGGAGUGCUUUUUUUUAAUAUUUCCCGAACCAUCACUGUAAGAAUUACCAAAAAGGAAGAAAUGAAAAUUGUUGUCUUUGUGGACCAAAAAUACUGUAAGAAUUUGCCGAAACUGAACCACUGAGAAUGAAAAUUGUAAUAUCUGUUGACCAGAAAGAACGUCCAGGGACUUUUCUUUGGUUAUAUUUUUUGUAUGUUCUCUUAGGUAUCAUCUCGUUUCCCAAAUUUUCCAAUUUUCUACACUGUGCGAGUCACAUUAAAAACUGGUUUUUCGCCAGGCAUCACUACAAGCUUCACCAAAGCGGAAGCAUUGAAAAUGAAAACUGUUACUUUUGUAGGCCAAAAAGAGUUUAAGAACUGGCGAAACGGAAGCACUGAAAAUUAAAAUUGUAAUUUCUGCGGACCGAAAAUGGUGUCGAGAGGUUUUUCUUUGGUUAUGUUUUCUGUUUUCUAUCAGUUUUCUCCUUUCCCAGGUUUUUUCAACUUUCUACAGUGUGCGAUUCAUAUAAAAAUAGAUUUUUCCCCAACCACAAUAACUGAUAAAUGUCUACCAUAUCGCUCUAAAUUCUUCCUGCACCAAAGAAAAUUUCAGUACUUGGAGUUUUCUGCCUGGUAUAUGGCCUUUUGAGUGCUAGCAGGCACAGUUAUUGCUCUACAUUGCUUAUUGUUUCUCUUCUUUAUUCACUAUUGUGGUAAUAUAUGCCAAUAGAUAACCACAGGACAUUUAACGUCUGUCUACUACUUUUCUACUGAAAAAUUUAAGCGAAGAACAAGGUCGGCAGUAGGCUAUUUCUCAAACAAGAAAUCCGUCAUCGGAAAUACCUUUUAAAAAGUAAUUGAGAUUACACAUUUUGUCAUGUAAAUCUUUUGCGUGUGCAUUACGAUGCACAGUGAAACCGAAAAUUCGUGCAGCUCUUUGUUCCCUUGCUCCCUUUUUUCUUCUGUGUUGUUCCUACGGAAGAGCCCAUCUCCUACCACCCGACACAUUUUUUUUUACGACUGCGUCAGGCAGCUCGCGGAGUUCUGGCGCUGACAAUGCCGAUAUGUGCCACGUCGUAAAUUGGGUUUCCGCUGACGUCCACUGCUGGAGAAGACAACAGAAGCCGUUAAGAGACAGAACCUGCUCGCGUUCACCAACUACUGGCAGCUAAAAGUCGUAACAGGUGUUCGACUUUUCCUCCGGCGCUGUAUUCCAAACUAUAAACCAUUCUGGAACAACUGUUGUUAAGAAUUUUUGUUGUGUUUAGAAUAAAUAUAU